AGGGGAUCACACAAAAUAAUUUUUCCGUAUGCGCCCAUCGUACAAAAGAGAGUUCGACAGCGGCUUUGUGUCAACGUAGCGCCUUCGAAACCCUCACUCUCACAUAUCCUUCUCCGAGCCCAACAAAUGUUCGAGUUGUGAAUACCCAAGAAAGGUCUUCCCAAAGCUGUUGAGAGAGAGAGAGAGAGAGAGAGAGGGAGAGAGCAUACUCGGAUGGGGGGAGGAGAAGGGUCCCACUCCCGAGAAGGGGAUUGGGAGUGCAGUGGAUGCGGGAACAGAAACUAUGCAUUCAGGACGUUGUGCAACAGAUGCAAGCAGCCUCGCCUCCUCGUCGACACCAAAACCCCCAAAGAUUCCAAAUGGCUCCCCCGUAUUGGCGACUGGAUCUGCACCGGUUGCACUAACAACAACUAUGCGUCAAGAGAAAAGUGCAAAAAGUGCGGGCAACCAAAGGAGGUAGCAGCAAUGCCAGCAAUUGCAAUGCAUGGAGCUUCUCUCCACACUCAUCCCCAUUAUUUUGCCAGGGCCCUAGGAGGACCAGAACAAAAGAUGAAUAUUGGAUUAUUGGGCACUGGUGCUCUCCAGCAGUCACUCCCUUUGAGCUCCAGCUGGUCACUUGGAGGGGCUGAUGAGUAUGGAAUUCAGCAGGCAUCUACUUGGCCUUUGGGUGGAAACCACAGUUCUGGACUUUCUUAUACUGGCCAAGCAAAUCUGCUGCCGUUGGUUCAAAAAGGAUGGCGAAAUGGUGACUGGAUCUGCAAUUGUGGCUUCCAUAACUAUUCUUCUCGUGCUGAGUGCAAAAAGUGUAAUGCUUCUAUGCCACAAGCACUUGGAACAAAGCGAUUAGCAUCCGAAGAAUUGGUCCACAACUGGGAUAACAAGAGACUGAAUGCAGGACAGGCACUUGGGCUUCAGCAUGCAUACCCAGCAUUUGAUCAAGUAGUAGUUUCUGGUGGCAACCAAACAACUGGGUUAUAUACCCCUUCCCCAUAUGCCAGUGGAAGCUUGGCAACGGCUCCAAAUUUACCAGUAAACUUGCAGUUUCCAUAUGUAGCAGCAACGCCUACUCUUCUUGGCAAAGGAGCAAAGCAAUGGCGUGAUGGGGAUUGGAUGUGUACGAAUUGCAACAAUCACAACUAUGCGUCUCGAUCCAAUUGUAAUAGGUGCAAGAGUCAGAGAGAUGCGCCUGCCCAGCCGUUGCUGACAUUAUAUGAGGCGGUGACAAUAAUUAGCCCUCAAUCCGAAUUAUGUUCUUGAAAACUUAUCUGUUUUUGUUUGUAAGAGAGAGAGUGUGCGGGUUUGCUUUAUUGAAAACUAGGUGCCUUUACACCACUAGUUAGUGAACUUGUGGCAGCUCUUGAUUAAGGUUUCAUUCAUGUGAAAUCAAGAGGUUUGGAUUUUUUUUUUGGUUUUUUCUGUUUAAACAUUGCUCUCUUUUUUUUUCGUUGGUUAUGAAUGUCCAAAUGGCUGUUGCUUUC